AUGGCUGAGCAGUUGACGGAGGAUCAGAUCUCUGAAUUCAAGGAGGCAUUCAGCCUAUUUGACAAGGAUGGCGAUGGUUGCAUUACGACCAAGGAGUUAGGAACCGUAAUGAGAUCUCUGGGGCAGAAUCCAACAGAGGCCGAGCUCCAGGAUAUGAUUAACGAGGUGGACGCUGACGGCAAUGGAACCAUUGAUUUCCCAGAAUUUUUAAACCUUAUGGCCAGGAAGAUGAGGGACACCGACUCUGAAGAGGAACUGAAGGAAGCAUUCCGUGUUUUUGACAAGGACCAGAACGGGUUCAUCUCCGCUGCCGAGCUGCGCCACGUCAUGACGAACCUUGGCGAGAAACUGACAGAUGAGGAAGUUGAUGAGAUGAUUAGAGAGGCCGAUGUUGAUGGUGACGGACAAAUCAAUUAUGAAGAGUUUGUCAAGAUUAUGAUGGCCAAGUGA